AUGCGACAAAUCCUCCUCGCCCUCUCUGCCGUCGCCGCCGCCACAAAACCAUCAGAGAAGGCCGAUUUCCGCAAGCCGUCGCGCGAGGGGCAGAAGCCCUGGGACCUCUUUGGUAUUCUCGGCUGGUGGAACAUCGGUCCCGGCAUCGGGUGCCCCUUCGACGAGCCGUCGGACGCGUCGUGGACGCUCAAGGGCGGCGACCACCGGGACUGCGCCUGGCUCCAGCGCGCCGACCCGGACAAGCGGCGGCUCUUCUGCGGGAAGCGCGGCGCCGGCGGCGUGCCCGCGGCCGAAGCGUGCCCGCACGCGUGCGUUCAUUGCUGCGACGGCGCGGCGCUCUUCGGCGGCGGCGCGCCCGACGCCGCGUGCGCCGCCGUCGGCCGCGAGUUCUCAGACGCCGCCAAGGCAGCGGCGCGGCUCGACAGCUUCUGCGACGACCCGCCGGCGCGCGCUCGCGCGACUACUACCCGGACGUUCAUGACGGGCCCGCGCUUCAUCCAGGGCGCGUGCUUCGGCCGCUUCCAGGAGGCGCACCUAUCCGUGAACGCGACGGCCAUGCAGCGCGAGUGCUGCGACCCGAAACUGAUCCGCGAGCGCAUCCGCGCGGGCCACCGGCGCGACCGGAAUCCGAAGAGCGCGGAUCCCGAGCCGUACCUACUCUUCCCGCGGUCCCAGGUCGAGGCGGCGCGCUUCUAUGCGUCCACAUCGACGCGCGACGUCGACGUCAACUUCCUCGGGCGGCUCCACCUCGGGGCGCCCGUGGCGCUGCUCGAGUAUACCCAAAAAGCCUGGGGCGACUACGUCGCGCUCGACUUCAGCGGCCACGUCGCCGCGUCGAUGCGCCGCUGGGUGCUGCCCUUCGUGAAGCGCUACUUCACGGCCGAGUCCGUGCUCGUGGACACGUCCGCGGAGGACGCGGCGACCUACGCGCCUUUGGGCGCCUUCGACAAGACCGUCGCGGGCGGGACGCUCGCGGGCUUCCGGCCCAUGACCGUCGCAUGGGUGUCGGCCUUUGGCAACCGCAGCGUCCAGACCUGCCGGAAGGCGACCUGCGACCCGUCCUACUACGCGACGCUCGCGCGGUCCCGCUUCACGCUCGCGCCCGCGGGCGACAUGCCCUGGUCGACGCGCUUCUUCGAGGCCAUCAUGGCCGGCUCCGUCCCCGUCGUCUCGAGCGAGGACCACGCGGGCCGCAACGCCGAGGAGAAGGCGCUCGGCUACAAGUACCUCCUCGUCUCCGAGUACGUCGCGCGGCGGACGCGGUUCCCGGGCGCGGUCCCGUACUGCGACAAAUGGGCGGCGCACAACCUCGCGAUCUUCCUCGAGCACCAGUCCUACAUCGCGGACCCGAGCACCUCGCCGGGGCCGCGGCAGACCGCGCGCGACGCCGCGGGCGAGAUCGUCGAGCAGAGGAACUUGGCGAGGUCCGCGACGGGCACGGGCGCGUUCGCCGCGGGCGCGUCGGGGGCCGGCGCGCCGCCGCCGCCGAAGGACCAGAUGCGCUUCUUCGUCGCGACGUCCGCGCCCGCGCGCUGCUUCGCGGCCUGA